AUGUCUAUAGAUGAUUAUACAAAGAUUGAAAAGAUUGGAGGAAGGACUUAUGGCGUCGUUUACAAAGCUAGACAUAAAGCUACUGGUAAGUUUGUGACCUUGAAAAAAAUACAUCUUGAGAGUGAGGAAGAAGGUGUGUACCCAUAUACAGCUAUUAGAGAGAUUUCGAUAUGUGAAGGAAAGUUCAACAUCCAAUUACGUCAUCCUAAUCUCCUUCAACUUGAGGAGAUAAUUCAUCAAGAUUCCAAGUUCUAUCUUGUUUUUGAAUUCAUGAGUAUGGAUUUAAAGAAAUAUCUUCACACUAUUCCAUCUGGACAAUAUAUUGAUCCAGUAUUAUUAAAGGUAGUAACACUGUGGUACAGGGCCCCUGAAGUCUUAUUUGGUUCAGCACGAUAUUCUUGUCCCAUUGAUGUAUGGAGUAUAGCUUGUAUAUUUGCUGAAAUGUCUAAUAAAAAACCUCUGUUUCAAGGAGACUCUGAAAUUGAUCAACUAUUCCGAAAUUUCAGGAUUUUGGGUACACCUAAUGAUACAACAUGGCCUAAUGUAACUGAACUAUCAAAUUUUAAACCAAAUUUCCCUAAAUGGAUUGGAAAGACAAUAAAACAAGUUUGUCCUCGACUUGAUGCAGCAGGUUGUGACCUGUUAAUGCAAAUGUUGGUUUAUAAUCCUGGGAAGAGAAUGUCAGCAAAGACUGCUAUGCAACAUCCUUAUUUCAGUGAUUUAGACAAGUCAGGUCUACCUGAUACAGUACAGUCUUAA